UGCCGGCAGCUGGAGUCUUCCUUUAACAAGAUGGCGGCAGGGAGCAGUGGCGGUAGCGGCAAGCUCCGCUCGAAAAGCGAGGCCGAUUCCGGCUUCCUGGGGCUGCGGCCCACUUCGGUGGACCCAGCGCUGAGGCGGCGGCGGCGAGGCCCAAGAAAUAAGAAGCGGGGCUGGCGGCGGCUCGCGCAGGAGCCGCUGGGGCUGGAAGUCGAUCAAUUCCUAGAGGACGUGCGGCUACAGGAGCGCACGAGCGGUGGCUUGGUAUCGGAGGCCCCCGAUGAUAAACUCUUCUUCGUGGAUACUGGCCCCAAGGACAGAGAGCGCGACAGGAAGAGGACCAAAGGCCAGAAGAGGCCACUGCUCCUCAGGAAGCCCCUGCGGGUGGACCUGGUGCUAGAGAACACCUCCAAGGUCCCUGCCCCCAAAGACAUCCUUGCCCACCAGGUCCCCAACGCCAAGAAGCUCAAGCGGAAGGAGCAGCUAUGGGAGAGGCUGGCAAAGCAGGGCGAGCUGCCCCGAGAGGUGCGCAGGGCGCAGGCCCGGCUCCGCAGCCCUCCUGCGGCCAACGCCAGGCCCGGGCCCCAGGACACCGCCGAGCGGCCCUUCUACGACCUCUGGGCCACAGACAACCCUCUGGAGCGGCCGUUGGCUGGCCAGGACCCCUUCUUCCUGGAGCAGACCAAGAAGAAAGGAGUGAAGCGGCCACCGCGUCUCCACACCAAGCCGUCCCAGGUGCCUGCUGUGGAGGUGACGCCCUCCGGAGCCUCCUACAACCCGUCCUUUGAGGACCACCAGACGCUGCUCUGGGAAGCCCACGAGGUGGAGCUGCAGCGGCAGAGGGAGGCGGAGAAGCUGGAGCGGCAGCUGGCCCUGCCCCCCGCCGAGCAGGCCGCCACCCAGGAGUCUACAUUUGAGGAGAUGUGCCAGGGGCUGCUGGAGGAGUCGGAUGGGGAGGGGGAGCCAGGCGAGGGCCAGGGCCAGGGGCCCGAGGGGGCUGGAGACCAGGCCAGAGAUGACCAGUUCGGAGGAGCCGAGGCCGCCACGCCUGCCCGCCUGGCCGCUGUGGAGAAGAAGACAGAGCAGCAGCGUCGGCGGGAAAAGGCCGCCCGGAUGCUGCGGGCACAGCAGGCCGCGGUGCGGGCCGCCCGGCUGCGGCACCAGGAGCUCUUCAGGCUGCGCGGGAUCAAGGCCCAGGUGGCGCAGCGGCUGGCGGAGCUGGCGCGGCGGCGGGAACGACGGCGGGCACAGCGGCUGGCCGAGGCCGACAAGCCCCGCAGGCUGGGGCGGCUCAAGUACCAGGCCCCCGACAUCGACGUGCAGCUCAGCUCGGAGCUGGCCGACUCGCUCCGGACCCUGAAGCCCGAGGGCAACAUCCUCCGUGACCGGUUCAAGAGCUUCCAGAGGAGAAACAUGAUCGAGCCCCGGGAGAGAGCCAAGUUCAAGCGCAAGUACAAAGUGAAGCUCGUGGAGAAGCGGGCGUUCCGGGAGAUCCAGUUGUAGCUGCUGCCGAUGCGGAGCCUCACCUUCAAUAAAGCACCUUCGGACCAACACUUGGGCCUCGCGUGUUACUCCCCCUCUGUGGGCAGCUUCUGUCUGUCCCCCUCUCGCUCACAGGGGUGUAGGUUCCAGAACCUUCGUGUCCUCAGCCCUGGUGAGAGCCCAGGACUAGCAGAGGGCCUGUCCCUGGGGGACAGAGGGGGCCCCCCUUUCCCAUGAGGGUCUGAGAGGAGACGCGCUGGCAGGCUCGGGGGGAGCCCCCUGCUCUGGCCCAGGCGGUGAGGGGCGGGUCUUGAUGACAGGCCUGUCACAGUGGGAGUGGCUUUCAGGCAGAGCCCUCACGCCCACCCGGUUAAGGGCGCUAGACUUACCAUUUUACAGGCGAGGGAACAGAAGCAUGGAAAGGGAAUUUUCCUUCCCCCACACACCUAUGUCAUCUUUUCCGAAACCUUAAUUCUCCAAGUACUAAAGGACUGUUGUCACUGUUAGUCAUGGAGACGGUGCAUGAAGAGACCAAAACCCGUGGCUGGCAUCCGUGACCUGCCCUCCAUUCAACCCUCUGCGGAGCUGGCUGUCACUGCAGUUGGGGUGAAGGGAGCCAUUAUGUCCCGUGUGCCACUGUUAAAAACCGUACUGUCCGUGUGAAAAUAAAAUUAGUUUUUAUUUUUCUUGG